AUGAUUUCAUCUUCCAGUUAUCCGACCGAAGUUAUUGACUUGACUAAUAGUGAUACAGACACAAAACCCAUAUCACCAGCUGCUGUUCGACACCUUUCCAGAGAAAAGAAUAAAAGCACUUCAAAGGCACUUGCUGAAGCCGACGGCUGUUCCAAAGAUAUGGGGGAGAAGAAUGGUUGUGAUGACGAAGAUUUUGAUAUCGAAGAUGAAAGCAUCAUAGAACGCUUAAUUGGUCUAUUAGAAAUGUUUCCAGAGCCAGUACGUCGCGGUGUUUCUUUCGCCUACAGUGCAGCUUCAGAAGGCGUUGUAUCGGGUUAUUCUCUCAGCAGAUCGGUGACUUGGUUUUUGGUGAGCACAGCUACUGUAUGUUUCCUCCCACUUAUUCUGGAGCUAGAACGAGUUCAAACUGAAGAGCAAGAGGCAGUACAACAGCGUGCAAUGAUGCUUGGCCCUAGGGCUGCAGGUGGUGGUUCUGGCCUGGCCGGAUUUUCAGCAGCAGUUCCUCAUCUUACUCACAUAGAACCCAAGUAG